AUGCGGUAUUCCGCUAAGAAAAACGUUACUCUCAUUCCCCUGCAGAAUAGAACAGUGCUUUCCCAAGGGUCCUCACGUGGAGGGAAGUUUCUUUUUAAUCAGAUAUUUGGCUUGACUAACCUUUUUACUGGAAAUACUGAUCUAUUUGAGAGUGAUGAUGAUAACGACGAUAAUGACACUGGGAGUGAUGGCGAGAAAGCUAAAAACUGCACAUGCGAAUGUGGAGUUUCCAAUCAAGAAAACCGCAUAGUUGGUGGCAAGCCCACUGGAAUUAAUCGCUAUCCUUGGAUAGCAAGAAUUAUAUAUGAUGGGCAUUACCAUUGCGGAGCAUCGUUGUUAACAGAGGAUUACGUUAUAACGGCUGCACAUUGCGUUAGAAGGCUGAAAAAAUCGAAAAUAAGGGUAAUAUUAGGCGACCAUGACGCGUCUACUACAAAUGAUGUCCCCGCGAAGAUGAGGGCAGUACUUCAGAUAAUCAAGCACAGAAAUUUUGAUCCUGACACAUUCAACCACGACAUCGCACUGUUAAGGUUAAGGAAACCUGUUGAGUUUACGAAGCAAAUAAGACCAAUUUGUUUACCUAAAACCCAGGAGCUAGCUGGAAAAACGGGAACCGUCGUAGGUUGGGGUCGAACUUCGGAGGGAGGAAUGCUUCCAAACAUAGUCCAGGAAGUUGAUGUUCCUAUUCUUACUUUAGGCCAAUGCAGGGCGAUGAAAUAUCGGGCGUCCAGGAUAACAACGUACAUGCUGUGCGCCGGCAAGGGGUCCCAGGAUUCCUGCCAAGGCGAUAGUGGCGGUCCCCUUCUGUUUCACAGCGGGGAUAAAUAUGAAAUCGUCGGAAUUGUGUCAUGGGGCGUAGGAUGUGGCAGGCCAGGAUAUCCAGGAGUAUACACGAGGGUCUCCAAAUAUUUGAACUGGCUAAAAUAUAACUUAGAAGACACCUGCUUGUGUAGCUAA